UCAGGAACAUGAAAACCAAUUUAACAGCUUCAUUUAGACAUCCAGGUAAACAGAGUGGAGAGCUUUUGAACGUAAUGAGGUUUAGACCAGGAUAGUAAUUUGGAAAACUACGUACGUUCGUGCCCUGUUAGUUUGCCAUUUCUUUUAACCGGCGAAGACGUUUUACUAUAAUUGAUUAAUAUAGCAUAGCUGCGAACUAGGACCAAAAUAUCCAGGAUGUCGAGCAAGAAGGGUUCCAAGAAGAAGAAUAAACGGCCUCGAACAGGUCGCUACACGUCCAACGUGUUCUCCAUGUUCAACCAGGAGCAGAUACAGGAGUUUAAGGAAGCAUUCAAUAUGAUCGACCAGAAUCACGAUGGUUUCGUGGACAAAGAAGACCUUCUCGAGAUGCUGACGUCACUGGGAAAAGACCCGGAUGAUGACUACUUGGAGGAGAUGGUGAGCGAGGCCCCCGGGCCGCUCAACUUCACGAUGUUUCUCACGUUAUUUGGCGAGAAACUCAACGGCACCGACCCUGCUGACGUCAUCAAGAAUGCUUUUGGGUGUUUUGAUGAAAACGGCACAGGUAAGAUCACACCGGAGAGACUUCGGACGCUGAUGACGUCAAUGGGUGACAGGUGGACGGACGAAAUGGUGGACGAGCUGUUUAACGGAGCGCCGAUUAAGAACGGAAAAUUUGACUAUGUGGAGUUCACGAGAAUGCUGAAGUACGGGAAAAAGGAUGACGACUAGACUGAGCAACGUCAGACUGAAUUCGCUCGUCAGGGUUGGAUGUCUAUGACCGCAUUCAUAUUCACCCAUGAUACUAGCCUGGUCGGUCUAACUUUGUGGUCGAUUUUUGCGAAGUGCAAUCUGUGCAAUCAAUUUAAUUGUCUGACAUGCUUCCUUGCGCAUCUAGAGGCAAUUAACCAUCGUGUGCUGAUUGAGAUGAUUCCACUGAUUGAACUUUUGCCGGAAUCCCCCGCAGACUUGGAAUGAUCCAGCUGAUACAAAGGGUGAUUUUGAAUGCACUCUUUGACUAAUCAAGAUCGGGCUGAAAUGGAUGUGUCAGACACAAAGUUGGUAUAUUUUCGCACCUGGUGUGUCGAACAACCAGUCCACAUACGUAAUGGAUACAUUGACCCUGUUAAGUGGCAAGUUCUCAAAAAUGCUGAAGUGUCAUAAGAGAGAUGACGUAUGAAAAACAUUUUGAUUAAAUCGUCUUAUAUCAAGAGUGGCAAGCACGCGACUCCAUGACCGACCGAGAAUCUUGAGCUUGGUGAUUAUAAUUUAACACUCUUUUAGAUUCUUAAAAAGAAGUAACGUAGUCAAAUAUUUUGUGUCAUAAUAAUUAUCAGAUAUAAUCUCUGGUCUGUUCCUUAAAUUAAGAGAGUUACGGUAUAUUUUCAUACAUAGCUAUUUGUCCUUUCAGAAACUGUGAGCUGAAGCGCUGAAAACAAUGCUUCAUAUGAAGGGUAGUACUGCAGUAAUAUUAUUUGUGUAAUACAUUGUGCGAUAAGAAACUACACGUAUAUGACGCUGUCAUAUUUGCCACAUGUUUUAGAUCUACAUAUAAUUCGAAAGGCAAAUAUCGUAUUGUUUUUAUCAAGCACUGUUGCAUUUAUUUUUGUGCUUCGAAGAAUAUAUAUGUAGAAUUUCAA